AUGAAAAAAGAAGCCCCCUUCAAAUGGGAGACGGAAUGUGAAGAAGCAUUCCAACACUUCAAGAGGGUCCUAGCGGAACCACCAAUCCUCGCCAAACCCCAAACAGGGGAAACACUUUACUUAUACCUCUCCAUAACGGAAGAAGCACUCGCAGCAGCACUCGUCCGUGAAAACGAGAAAAAGGAACAAAAACCCGUAUACUUCAUAAGCAAAGUCCUACAAGACGCGGAAGCUCGCUACUCACGCUUAGAAAAGCUAGCUUUCACACUCCUUACAGCCUCCCGACGCCUACGACAAUACUUCCAAGCUCAUCUCGUGACAGUUCGAACCGACCAAGCGGUCAAACAGGUGUUGCAGAAACCCGACCUAGCUGGAAGAAUGCUAGCGUGGUCCAUCGAACUAUCUCAAUUCCAGAUCAAAUUCGAACCCCGGAAUGCGAUCAAAGCACAAGCUAUGGCCGACUUCAUCGAGAUGACCCCGGGAAAGCUCACCCUCGAAUCAUGGAAACUACAUGUCGACGGCUCAUCAAACUCCACCUACGGAGGCGCCGGAGUCAUACUCGAAAAUCAAGACGGAAUCACGAUCGAACAGUCGGUACGAUACGAAUUUCUAGUAUCAAACAACCAAGCAGAAUACGAGGCCCUCUUGGCAGGCCUAUCAUUAGCCCAGGAAGUCGGAGCAAAGGUCCUAGAAGUAAAUACCAAUUCACAAGUAGUCAGUUCCCAAAUUAACGGAGACUACCAGACACGAGACCCCAUACUCCAACAAUACCUCGCCAAGGUAAACAAACUAAGAAAAGGAUUUGAACACGUCACCAUACGGCACGUCCCUAGGGAACGAAAUGCCAGAGCAGACCUACUCUCCAAACUAGCCAGCACCAAACCCGGACACGGUAACAAAUCGUUAAUCCAGGAAGUCGUUAAGACACCCUCCGUGUCAACAACAACCAACGCUCACCUGACAAUCUCAAACCAGGGAUCUUGGACCUACCCGAUCCUGCAAUACCUCCUCGAUGGAACACUGCCACCAGACCCCAAAGAGGAAAAGCGAAUAAAAAGGGAAGCCGCCAACUAUACCAUUGUCGCAGGACAGCUAUACAAACGCGGAUUCUCGCAACCCCUGCUCAAAUGCAUCGAACCCGAGAACACGGAGUACAUACUCCGUGAAAUCCACUAA